CGGGAUACCGUCACGUUGUGAACUCCUUUUCGUGUGAAUAUUGUGCCGCUGCUCUCGACAGCGAAGUUUGUUUGGUGAAGUCGCUGCCAUCAGGAUUAAGAUGGCUCCCCAGCACCCCACCCCCGUGAUCCGAGCGGUACUCAUCCUGCUGACUCCAGCCACGUUCGCGUACCCGAGCGCCAUCUACGGCAGUAGCGCAAACAGGUACAGUCACGCUCCGCGCAGACUUCGCGCGGCCUACGAACCACCUGCUUACCCCUCGUACCAGGCGCAGCCGGUCAUAGGCCCCAGGUACCACCCGCUAAGCUACUACAAAGUAUAUCCUUACAGCGACACGUACAACGCCCAGCAGGACGAUACGUACUACUAUCCGCAGGAAGCAGGAACGUCGUACCCGAUGUACUACCCGAGGACGUCCAAGUACGAGGUGUACCAGGCGAUGUUGCCGUACUAUUACACGGACACGCCUUACGGAACAUCCUACGACUACGACCCAGCGGCGGAGCUCCAGGAGGAGAUCCAAGAAGCCGAACGAGAAGAAAGGGAAGAAGCACAACCGAUCGGUCACGAAUCAUUCUACGAAAACGACAACGACAACUCUCAAGACAACUACGCGGAAGUAAACGCUGCCUUCCUGCAAAAUCUCAUCCUCAGCCAGAUGUACCAGGACCAGAUGGCCAAGGAGAAGCAGCAAGUGUACCAAGAGAAGGGCAUACCUUUUAAUGGCUACUUGGACUACGAAGAUAGUUACAGCCAAGCGAACGACAAGCAAAGUUACUUGGAAUCUGACACCACGACAGCGGCUAGUGAAGACGAAGACGUGAAAGAAUUGAAGCAGUUGCCUAAGCAAAACAAGAACAGACAGCAUAGGAAGCAAGGGAAGAAUGGUAACGAUCUGCACUGGUCGCAGAAGCAAGGCAAAUCUAACAGAAGGAAGCAAAAGGAAGAACAACCUACCAAGAGAGAUUCCAAUGACUUGGACUAUUUCCAGGAUCCUUAUCAUGAAGCUGUGGUCUUCACAGAUAGAAAGGCGGCAGUCAAGACUCUUGAUACAGCAGCAGGAGUGACCAGUACUCCCGAGCCUCUCUUGAAAGAUUUCAGAGGCCAGAAAGAAGAAUUCCAAAUGAGACCAGCAACGCCGGUGAGGCAUCCUUUUGCAGCGCCGGUCCUCACCAUGCUGUCAAACAGGGAAGAAACAAAACGAAGAACGCCUUCAGUCUAUGACACCAUCAAACACAUGCUGGACAUGGAGAAGAGUCUCGAAAAUGUAAGUUGCAUUUCGGAAUACGUAAAAGUAUUAGCAAAAAAUGGUGAAUGUGCGUGGUAA